AUGACGAAUGAACUCAUUUCUAUUCCAGAGGAAUUCAACAUACUAAAGAACUUUAGGGACUUAAAAAAUUCAACCGAUGUUUUUGACCUUGUAACCGGAAGAGAUGGCUUCGAUGCAAUUCAAAUUAAGGCGAAUGACACGAUAGCGAUGCGUGUUAAAGAUUUUGAUCCACCAUUGAAAACGCUUACAAUGCCAUACAACUUCCAAGCGAUCAUUAAAAUAGACUUACAGUCUACAGCGUGGUGCAUUUUUUCCAUUAUGACAAAUGGUAUCUCCAACAUCGCUCUAUGCUUUGAUAUUGCUUCAGAACGUACGAUAAGAAUAUACAUAGAAGGACUAGGUAUAAAAAACCAAGGACGGUAUGCAGACGACAUCAACGAUAUGGAUUGGAUUGACGUUUUUAUUCGAAUCGAAAAAAAUAAAGUAAAAAUUUACGUGAACUGUAAGGAGUUGGAAGAAGAAUCUGACGAUGAUUCUAUACAAGAUAUAGAGUUUCAGAGCGAUUCGAUUUUAUAUUUGGGCAAAUUUACCGGCCAGGAUCAAUAUACUUAUAAGGGUGCGAUAGAGGCUUUAAAAAUAACCACAGGAGGGGACGGUAUUUCUGAAGUGUGUUCAAAUACUCCAGGAUCUUUGGAACUCAACACAAAUAAAGAUCAUCCAACAGCUGAACACCUUAGAGCAUUUAUAGAUUUAACCUCAGAUGACCCCUUUGCCACGUCUGAUACUGAUACGGAUAUAACAGGAGAAAAGGGUGAAAAGGGAGAUAAAGGAGAAACAGUUAUUGGACCAUUAGGACCACAAGGACCUAAAGGAGAGACAGGGACGUGUCAGUGUACAGAAAACGAUGUAUCCAAGAUACUUAAAAGUGUCGUAAGCAGUGUGCCAGAAUUGCAUGGUCCCCCUGGAGAAGCCGGGCCAAAAGGUAGAGAUGGUUAUAUUGGAAAACCAGGAGCCCAGGGUGAUAUCGGUCCAGUUGGGCCUAUAGGCCCUAGGGGAGAAAGAGGUGAACCAGGUGAUCCUGGAAGAGAUGGAGUAAGUGGGCCUAAAGGUGACACUGGAAAAGACGGCGCUAUAGGUCCUCCGGGUCCCCCUGGUCCAGAAUGUCCCGCACCAGUCGUAGAGAAGAAAAUAGAAGAGACAGCAGUUCCUGUGAAGAGUGAAAAAGGUGAUAUGGGACCAAUGGGGCCUCCAGGAGUGGCUGGCAGUAUGGGCAUUGAUGGACAGAAAGGGGAGAAAGGAGAGCAGGGAAUUAAAGGGGAGAGGGGGGAUGACGUUACGAAAUACCUUACAUAUAAGGGCCUGGAUGGUAAACCAGGAGUUAAAGGCGAUAAAGGUGCACCUGGUGAGCGAGGAUUGGAUGGAGUUAAGGGUAUACAAGGAGAGAAUGGGAAACCUGGAAGCCUCGGAAUUAAAGGAGAUAAAGGUGACAAAGGCGAUAUAGGUGCACCAGGUUUGCCGGCUAAAUUGUCAUCAAUACUAGAUGCAACAAUAGAUCCUGAGGAAAAUGCAGCUGUGGUAGAAAAGCUUCGGGGGCUUAAGGGUGAUAACGGUGAGACAGGUCUUAAGGGAGAAAAGGGUGAUCAGGGAUUAAUAGGACCCCAAGGGCCUCAGGGCAAAGAUGGCGUUGACGGUCGCCAUGGUGAGCGAGGUCUAACUGGUCACAAAGGAGAUUUGGGCCCUGAAGGUCCACAGGGAGCAAAGGGUGAAGCAGGACUUCCCGGUGCACCAGGAAAUGUUCCUGAAUCUGCCAUUGCUUUAUUAAAAGGUUCUAAAGGAGACCGAGGUGCUCCAGGGAAAAUGGGUAGUCGUGGACACACAGGGCAUCCAGGAAAACAUGGAUCGGUCGGACCAGCAGGUCCAAAGGGGAUAAAAGGCGACAGAGGAUCACAGGGUUUCAAGGGUGAAAAAGGAGACAAAGGCCUCGACGGAACACAUGGAUCAAAAGGGGAAAAAGGUGAAACACCUUUUAUAGACUACAAAAAGGUCAAAGGUGAAAAGGGUGACACAGGUGCACCUGGCACUGCCGGUGAAGCAGGGAAGCCUGGUAUCCCUGGCACAUGUGAAGCAUCGGCUUGUCCAUCUACUCCCGGUCCACCUGGACCGCCUGGCCCGCCGGGCUCUCCAGGAAUAUCCCUCACUGGACCCAAAGGAGAACCUGGUGGUAUUGUGCCCCAGAAUAAUUUUGUACGAGCAGGUUCAUUUGACGAUGACGAAGAUAUGUACACAGCUGCAACAAUCGUAUUUAAGACUACUUCGAUUCUUCUAAAGAAAACUACCGAUAUUCCAGUAGGCACGAUAGCCUAUGUAAUACAAGAAAGGAUUUUACUCGUACGCGUUGAAAAUGGUUGGCAAAAUGUGGACAUGGGUUCGCUAUUUUCAGCGCGAAGUACGUCUUAUGGAUACGCUGAUAUUCCCGAGUCUACGUUGCCUUCGAGGACUUUAUCUAGCGAUGAAAAGUCAUUUAUCCGUCUUGUCGCCUUGAACGAGCCGUAUCCAGGGAAUAUGUUGACAUCUAUGAAUAGGACUGGAAGGAACGCAGUCAAUCAAGAGUGUUAUCGACAGGCAUUCAGGGAAUUCCAUGCGAAUAAUUUUGUCGCGUUCCUCACUAAUAAUGUGGAGGAUCUGAAAUCUCUAGUCAAAACAAGUGCGGAUCGAGCCGUACCAAUUGUCAAUUUACAUGGAGAAGUCCUUUUUGAAUCCUGGCUCCAUCUUUUCAAUGGGUCCGGUGCUCCACUGCCAAUGAAUAAGCUAUAUAGUUUCAACGGACAAAGAGUUAGCAGUAAUAAAAAUUGGCCUGAAAAAGCGAUAUGGCACGGAAGUGACGCGUAUGGUUAUAGAACUUCAAGAGCGUUUUGCGAAGAAUGGCAAAAUGAUAAUCCACUGGAUUUUGGAAUGGCUUCUCCGUUUGAAGAAAGCAAGCUUUUACACCAAACACUUUAUCCAUGUGAUAGUAAGCUGAUUGUAUUAUGUAUAGAAGCAACAUCUAGAAAACACACGAUUAGAAGAAGACCGCAAUCGACGAGAAGAUCCCGACAUACAAGGAAAGAGGACUUUUACAUAGAACCUUGA